ACCCAUAAAAUCCAUUAGCCUUGUAUAGUCGGGAUAAUCUAACCUCAAAUUCCACAAAUUCAAGCUACUUUAUACCGAAAAUAUAUUAACGUCAAAAAUUGAUCAGAAAUUCAAAUUCAAAUUCAAAUUCAAAUUCAAAUUCAUAAAAGGAAAGGGAGGAAAGGAAAGGAAAGGGAAGGAAAGGAAAGGACAGGAAAGGAAAGGGAAAAUGGAUUCAACUUAUACACCUCAAUCCCCCGAUCUAUCGGGUUUCUUAGCACCUGGUACAUAUAAAAAUCAGCAAACCUCAUCAUAUGCACCCAGAUCACCGGUAAUUCCUGAUUUUAGUACUCUUGCAUCCUCAAGAGCCUCGCCAUCAAUUCAACCACAAAAUCAAUAUAUAAAUUACCAACGAAAUCAAAGAAAUCAACAAAUAUUUACUCCCGGUGGAGAUGCAAUAAAUGAAUUUGAUCAAUACGAUUCAAGUCAACAUAUGCCACCAAUUCCAGCUUUACCUUCUACGCAUUUAUUACAUUCCUUCGGAAUCCAAGGAACAAAUUCAUCAAAUUCAUCAAAUCCAUCAAAUUCAUUUAUAACGGCCCCACAAUUUUACUACCCCUCUCACUCUCACUCUCACUCUCAGACCAUCAAAUCAGAAUUUGACUAUAAUAACAAUUCAUCUCCAGCUAUCGUCGCUAACUCACAAUUUCAUCAAUCUCAUCAAUCUCAUCAAUCUCAUCAAUCUCAUCAAUCUCAUCAAUCUCAAUCUCAAUCUCAAAACACUUCAACUACCAUAUUUUCCGAAAUCCCUUACAACAAUCGUAUCCCAUCACCUUUUGACCUUACAUCCAACAAUCCUACAUCUGUAUACCAGUCCAACAAUAAUAACUCAUCUCUCUCUCGCCAAAAUUAUACCCCAAACCCACUGGAUAUGUCAACGCGAGAACCACGGCAACCACGCGUUAAAUCUCAACCCAAUAUCCCAAAUACAUUCGACCCAUCCUCUCAAUACAAUACCAACAUGUCAACUUACCCGCUAGGUCCUCAACUACCUCUCGCAAGUGCUCCUCCUCCGCCUACGACGACGACCAAAAAUCCAAAUCCCGACAAUAUAGAGAUUCGCACAAAAUUCCCCGUCGCCCGCAUAAAACGCAUCAUGCAAGCCGAUGAAGAAGUAGGAAAGGUAGCUCAAGUAACACCGGUUGCAGUGAGCAAGGCAUUGGAGCUUUUUAUGAUUAGUUUGGUGCAAGGAGCUGCGAGGGUGGCGAGGAGAAAGGUGGAAAGAGGGUUACGGCGGGUGUUUGAAGAGGGUUGUGGAGGGGAUGAACAGUUUGAUUUUUGA